AACUUACGUGAUUCCCCUGCCACAGCAGGAAAUUGGGUUUUCACACGUAGGGAUUCUAUUAAAAUAGAACUCGUUGUAUAGAAGACGUAGUAUAUCAGAAUAUCAGAUUAUUUCACUUUGAGUGUAAUAUACUUUCGUUGAAAUUUAUUUUUGUAGCUAGCAUUUUUUGAAAUUAGUGCAUCAGCAACAGCAGAUCAAUCGAAAAAUGACAUCCAAAGAUGAUUUAUCAAAACAGACUAAGAAUCUUAAAAUCAAAGAUGAUACGUUUAUAAACAUUCUACUACUUGGCGAAACAGGAGUAGGAAAAUCCACAUUUAUAAAUUCCAUUGCAAAUUAUUUACAACAUGCUGAUUUUAAAAAGGCAGAAAAAGAGGAUUUGUUGAAGUUGAUACCUUCGAAGUGCAAGGUGCAGGACAAACAUGGUAAAUCUCAUGUAGUCCAGAUUGGGUCUGAAAAUGAUCAAAAUGAAUGUCUUGAUACUGGGAUGUCGGCAACCCAAGAUGUAAAAUCAUAUGUGUUCCCUAUAUGGAGUGGUACACUAAAAGUCCGAUUGAUCGACACUCCAGGAAUUGGCGACGUUAGGGGUAUCGAGCAGGAUAACAUAAACUGUGACAAUAUUCUCAGUUACAUCGGACAACUUCAUGAAUUACAUGCGGUUUGCUACCUUUUCAAACCGACAAAUCCUAGGAUAACAGUUUAUUUUGAAUAUUGCAUGACUCAGAUUCUCUCGCGUCUAGAUAAAUCGGCUAGUAAAAAUAUCAUUUUUAUUUUCACAAAUACCAGAGGUACCGAUUAUGGACCUGGUGAGACUUUUCCGAGUCUGCAAAAGGUUAUUAAUGAUAUAAAAUCGAGGCCACCACACGUGGACAUUCCCCUGAGCAAGAACGUGUUCUGUUUUGACAAUGAAGCUUUCCGGUAUUUGGCUGCUAUUAAACAAAAUAUCGAAUUUGAAAAUUCGAUAAAACAAAGAAAUUUGGAGAGUUGGAAGCGUUCCGCUGAACAGUGCAACAAGUUAAUAAAGUACAUUGUGGGAGAUUCAGAACAGCCUCCGCUGAAGCCACAUUUCAUAAAAAGCACAACUGCGAUCAAUGAAGCCCGUAGACUUAUUGUGCAGCUGUCUCAGCCACUUGCUGAAAUAUCUCAACUUAUCAAUGACAAUUUAUUUGUUCUGCGAAGGCAUGAGGAGGAUUUAGAUUUGAAUUCUAGCACUUUAGAAGAAUUGAGGCAAAAACUGUACAUGCCCGUUAUCGAUUUAGAUGUAAUAAAAUUAACUCAACCUGUUACAGUCUGUGCUAGCAAAGGUUGUGCGGAAAUAUAUAAGGUAGGAGAAAUGCAUAAAUGGCAUUAUAAACAAAGAUGCCACGAUCCCUGUUAUCUCACAAAUGUUCCUAAAGAAAUAAUAGGCAGUCCUGAACUGGUAAAUUGCGCCGCUAUCGACCGCUCCACAAAAGCAUGCAUACAAUGUCAGUGUGAUUUUUCAGUGCAUAUGCAUGUGUAUUUUCUAACAAAAACGGUAGAUAGAAAAAUAAUCGACAACAAUAUAAAACAAAAUAUAGACAGUAAAGAGACGAUUUUGCGGAACGUUAGGAGGUUGAUACAAGAUAUUUCUAUAAAAAAAGAUGAACUACAGAAGGAGCACAGCACAAUUAUCAAAGCAUGUGCUAGAUUUGCACAUUUCUUGCAGAAUAAUGCCAUCACACCGUUCAGCGAUUCUUAUAAGGAAUAUAUUGAAUAUUUGAUUAUACGUGAGAGAGCACUGGGUGUCUUGUCGAAGAUGUCCGUUAUUCAUCACUUACAAAAAGUUUUGCAAGAAUACGAGGAAGCCAAACAGUCCUUCGAUGAGGCCCUCGCAAUACAAAAGAAACUCGGUGAAACCGAUACGCUGGUAACACCUCAGAAGAUUCAGGACAGUAUACAGGAAUUAUAUAAACUGAAACACAAUGGUAAGAAGAUUAAGGAACUUUAUGAGUGCCAGAAGAGGUCACGUGGUAAGGAGCAUAAGAACACGGAGUAUGUCCAUGAGGUGUUAGAGCAACUAGAGGAGGACAGAACAAAGAAAGAGAAAAAGGAGGGUAAUAAAAACGUGAAUAAAAAUACGUUUCAGCAGAAAAAUAAGAACGUUAAUAAAUCAGCUGAUGCAAACCAGAGGAGCUACAACCAACAGCCAAGAGGAAGAGGCCAGUCGCAAACUCGGGACAGGGCAAGAAAUCGGAGUCCACCCCCAGCGUAUCAUGAUGUACCUCCCACAAGACCAUAUCAUCCUCCCCCACAGAACCCAUCGUAUGAUUACCAAGAUUAUGGUAGACCAAACUAUCCUCCUCAUAGCUAUCCCGGGCCACAGUUCCCUCCCCACGAUGCUGCUUGGCCAAAUUAUGGUUAUCCAGGUCAUUCAGGAAACUACCAUCCAGGUUAUCCACCACAUCAACCUUACGGAGAUCAAAGACCCGAUUACAGAUAUGAUCGGAAUGCUUACGAUGCAAGGCGUGAUGGACGAGACAUGCCUCAGCGUGACAGAGAUGGAUACAGCACUGACGGCUACGAAUUUAAAGUAACGGUAAACAGGCCACCACAGGGUCAGCCAGGACCUCCAGGAAAUUUUCCCCCACCACAUUCUGCGCCUCCUAGGGACCCUUACCAACGAGGUUUUUACCCACCCACACCUCGGCAUUAUGCUGAACCUCCGCAUUUCAGUGGCAGACCUUACGAUGAUUACCACAGCCAAGCUAACAUGCCCGGACCAAGGCAAUAUCAGAGGCCGUCACAAAACAGGCCUCCACAUAGUUACACCGAUAAUAGGGGACAAAAAAAUUUUAGGGGAGGGAGAGGACAAAAAAACACCAACCAAAAGUUUAAAAACGUUUCUCCUAAAAAGAAGAACGUGAAUGCAGAUAGUGACUCAGAUUCUAAUUUGGAUUAUAUUUGUAAGCAACCUUCUUCUUUAGCGACCUUGAACAAGAGUUCGUCUAAAGAAAUUAUGUUUUGUUUAAAUGAAUUGUCAGAAAAAACAAAGAAUGUCACAACCAAGGACAACACAUUUAUAAACAUCCUAUUACUUGGAGAAACAGGAGUAGGAAAAUCCACAUUCAUAAAUUCAAUUAUAAAUUAUUUAACAUACAGUGAUUUCAAAAUAGCUGAGAAACAGGAGCUAAUAGCAUUGAUCCCAUUAAAAUAUACAGUACAGGAUAAGUAUGGAGAAUAUCAUACAAUCCAAACUGGUCCCAAAGAUCAAAAUGAAUGCCUUGACACAGGUAUGUCGGCAACUCAAGAUGUGAAAUCGUAUGUAUUUCCUAUAAGAAAUGGUGCUAUGAAAAUCCGUUUAAUUGAUUCACCAGGAAUUGGUGACGUAAGAGGCAUCGAUCAGGAUAAUACGAAUUGUGAGAAUAUUCUUAGUUAUGUUGCACAAUUUGAUAAACUGCAUGCAAUUUGCUAUCUGUUUAAACCUACAAAUUCCAGAAUAACAAAUUAUUUUGACUAUUGCUUGACGCAGAUUCUCUCACGUUUAGAAAAAUCGGCCAGUAAGAAUAUAAUUUUUAUUUUUACAAAUACCAGAGGCACCGAUUACGGCCCAGGGGACACUUUCCCCAAUCUAGAGAAAGUUGUCGAUGAUAUAAAAUCAAAACAUCAUGUGGACAUUCCCCUGGACAAAAAUCUAUUUUGUUUUGACAAUGAAGCUUUCCGUUAUUUGGUUUCAACGAAAAAAAAUGUUCAAUUUGAUGAUUUUAUAAAGCAAAGAAAUAGCGAAAGCUGGGAUCGAUCAGUUAAACAAUGUAAGAAUUUGAUAAGAUAUAUUAUUGGAGACUAUAAAAACGAUCCAUUGGAACCCCAUUUCACAGAAAGUACAAAUACCAUCAAUGAAGUCAGGAGACUUAUGGUACAGUUUUCGAAACUACUAUCUGAAAUAUCUCAACGUAGAACUGAAAAUGAUUCUGUUGCUCAAAGACAUAAAGACGAUCUAGAUAUAGAAUCUCUUAGACUGAGUGAACUCAAACAAAAACUUUAUGUUACUGUUACUGAUAUAGAAUUAAUACCGUUAAGCUAUCCUGUAAUGGUAUGUGCUAACAGCAAGUGUACGGAAAUAUACAAGGUAGGAGAAACGAAUAAAUGGCAUUACAAACAAGUAUGUCAGAGUCCAUGUUAUCUCAGUAAUACUUCCAAUCAAAUAAUUGGAAGUCCUGAACUGCUAAAUUGUGAAGUCAUUGAUUGCUCAACAAAAGCAUGUAAGAUGUGCGAUUGUGAUUUUUCCUCGCAUAUGCAAGUUUACUAUCUAACACUAAAGGAAAAAAGCAAAAUAGUUGAUAAUAAUGUAAGAGAAGAGAUACAUUGUAAAGAAAAGCUUCUAGUAAAUACCAGGAGCCUUAUAAUGAAAUGCCACAAAGAGAACGAUGAACUAAAGAAGGAAUAUAACACCAUAGUAGAAAUUUGUACGAAAAUUGCUCGUUUCUUAAAACGCAAUGUAAUUGUACCAUUUAGUGACUCCUAUAAGGAAUACAUGGAAUAUUUGAUUAUGCAGGAGAAAUCGCUAGGGGUCUCAUCAAAUGCCUCUGUCAUUCAACAUUUGCAAAAGCUUAUACAAGAAUAUGAACCAGUCCAACAAAUCUUUAAUCAGACACUAUCAUCAUCAACGAAUGUUAGCGAAGAGGACAUUUUUAUAAGACCUCAGAAUAUCCUUGAAAGCUUACAGGAAUUGUAUGAAUUAAAAUAUAAUGGUAUAAAAAUAAGAGAAUUCUGCCAAAAAGCGUCUUGCACCAAAAGAUCUAAGCGUACAGAGUAUGUUCAUGAGGUGUUAUUACGACUUGGCGACGACUGGAGUAAUAAUAAUGGAAAAAAUGGAACUAAAAUUGAAAACGAAACCAAAAUUCAAUUGGAAAUUGGAGAUAUAGGAAGAGACACGGGGCAAAGUUACAGAAGAUAUUUUAGAAGAACAAGAGGGAGUGAAUCAAAAUCACGAUCUACAACAAGAAGUUUAUCGAGAAGUCAAGGCAGUGAAUGUGACUUACAUUCGAGAGACAGUGGAAGUGAUCAAUCACAGACUAAUUCUAAAGAGAGAGGUCAACGGUCGGCUCAAGGUAGUGAAACAGACAAGUUUCAAUUGCAAGAGAAUGACAACAAUCAGACUCAGAAUCAGCCUACAUCAAGAGGUCGGAAGCGAGGCAGAGGAAGAGGUCAGAUGCGAGGCAGAGGAAGAGGCCAAUGGCAAAAUAGAAGAAACCAGUCAGGAACAAGAAACAAGCAAGCAAGAAGCCAAACAGGAUUUGAAGUUGGAAGAAGAGACCAAUCACAAUCUCCAGAUAGAGAAAGUGUCCAAUCACAAACAAGGUCUAGGCCAAGGAGCUGUACUCGAGAAAGAAGAAGCCGGUCACAAUCUCCAGUCAGAGAAAUACACCAAUCACAAAUUCCAUCUAUGACAAUAUACCAGUCUCGAACUGAAAACAAUGGAAAUUAUCAAUCACAGUUUCAGGAUCAGGAAAAUGAUCAACCCAAAGCAAGAAAUGUUAUGCGAGGUAGAGGAAGAGGCUAUUGGCAAAACAGGCGAGUAAACCAGACAGAAAAUGGAACCGAAAAUAGUGAAAGAGAUCAAUCACAAUGUCGAGAAGGGGAAAGUAAGCAACCACAAACAAGGUGGACACCAAGAGGUCGAGGUCGAGCUCGAGGAAGAGGAAGGGGCCAAUGGCAAAACAUAAACAGAGGAAGAAGCCAGUCUCGACCUCGAACAAAAGGCCAAACGCGAUUAGAAGAGCAAAAAGGUGAUCAGUCAGAAACAAGAAGCCAGUUGCCAACUCAGGUCGACAGAAGCAAUAAACAAAAUAAGGAAGAUGAAAAGUUACAGACUUGGAGCAGAACAAGUGGUUCAACGUGGAUCAGAGAAGGGAAAAGUAAUGUAUACGUAGGGAAAAGCAUGUCGGAAACUCAAACAAAAAACUAUGAAACCGAUGCAGAACAAAAGCAAAGACAAGAACCCACGAUGGUAAAAGAUGCAAGUCGCAAUCUUGCAACAACAGAAACAAUUAAUCGCAAAUAUGGCGUUGGGCAGUACCGGUCCCAAAUUCGAGCCAAUAGAAUGAACGAAAUCAAUCCUGUUUUAGUGCAAAGCGAGUCACUAAUUCAAAACGGGGAAAGCAGAUUCUCUAAAGGCGAGAAGGAGACUAGUCGUGAUUUCAGCACUCACAGUAUCACCACCGGUCGUCAACUUUUACAAAGACAAACGCUAAAUCAGAACAGUGAUAGUACAUUCUCUAAAGGUGGGAAGGGGACUAGUCAUAAUUUUAGCACAGUGAAAUCGGCUGGCAAUAUUACCAUCGGUCGCCAGCUUGACCAAAGACAGACGCUAAAUCAGAACAGUGGGAGUGCAGUUUUUAAAGCCCAGAAAGAGGCCAGUUGUAAUUUUACGACAGUGACGCCGAGUGCCGAUCUCGCGCAUCGUCGCCGUCUCCUUGAACAAAGGCAGAGGUUAAUUCAAAACAGUGAGAGCACUGGAGAUAGAGGAAAAACCCACUAUAAUAGAUCGACAUACUUUGAAGUUGGGCAAGACGCUAGUAGUCACUUAGGGUCGGCAAGAGUGGGACAUAAUCUGUCAACAUGGCAAACGGUUAGUCCAAGACAGAGCCAGAGGCUGAAUCAAAAUUAUUAUCGGUCACAAACUUCGCCUAAAUCAAAUGGGUGUUGCAUACUUUAAGCCUAAAUCAGGAUAGUGAAACGAGUUUCUCUUUGGUCUAAUUAUAGUCUACUUAUAUGUACAUGAAUUGCAAAUAUUUUAUUUGUUGUAUUAAUUAAUUAUAAUUUAAAUUAAAUUAAAUUUUUUUUAUAGCAAAUGCUAAAGCGUGCUUUAUACAACUCAAAUCAACAGAUCAAGGAACAUUUUAACUGCAAGGCUAGAUAAAAAGAUAGUUUAAGAGGGCUCUAUAGCAAAUAGGCAACCAGCAAUA